AUGUCGACUACAGAGAAGAUUCCACCCAAGGGCGAUACCACAGUGAUCGUCGAGGAAAAAACGGAGGAACAGCAACCUGAGAUUCGUGAGGAUUUAUGGAAACUAGUACGCCUUGUGUUCCUGUAUGCCUUACUAGGAAUUCCCAUCGCACUUACCGGAGUUAUUGCACGGCUGCAUAAGAAUGGAGGGGUAGCCCAUAUAGAACUAGUCAUGCUCUUCGCACCCUGGGCUUUUAUUUGGAAGCUGUUCUGGACUCCCUUCCUCAAUUGCCCCAUUAUCCACAGCCUCGGUCGUCGCAUAUCCUGGGUAUUCGCGGCUUACGGCCAGUUCAUCAUAUUGGUGAUCCUUUCCUUAUACGCGGACACUCGUCUGAUUGAAAAUGGAGGAGCCUCAACCUACUUAGUGCUGCUGCUGGCCCUUAUGUUCUCAAUGAUCUACUUUCUGGUUGCCAUCCAGACCAUCGAGGUGUAUAGAUGGGCUUCUACGAUGCUGCGACCCUGCAAUCUGAGAUAUAAUUCCAUCUGCAAUAGUGUGGGUCAAAAUGUCGGAUAUUACAUGGUGUUAGCCGCCUGGAAAUCGAAGGACUUCUGCAACAAAUACUUGAGUUCUGCAUUCCUGGAAGAAGAAAUCAUCACACUGCCCCGUUUUCUGUUUAUCUUCGGCUUGAUAUUUCUUGUAGCCACCUAUCUAGUGGCCUUUUUUAAGAAGGAUGCUCACCAAGAACCCACGACGGAGAACGAGUUGAAAACCCAGGAUUUGUCGAAGCUGGUGAAAACUUCGCAGGCGCAGAAAUUGGCAGGAGUCCUUUUGGCAUACAUCUUUAUCACCCCGCUCUCUGCAGUUGGUAGUCCCAACCAACCCGAGGAAAUAUUUUAUAUGAAGACCAUUGUGCUAGCCUCGAAACGCAUCCUUAUGAUGAUGGCAAAGUGCUUAACUGGCCCAGGACUUGAGGACAUCUCAAAGACAGCUAUACCUUACCCAACCAUUCUUUUUACAUGA